UACAGAUUGAAUUCUGAAAUUCUAUAUUGACUGAUGUUGAACAUUCUCCAAUCAGAAGGUAGUAAUGCUUCUAUAUACGAAACCUCUUCUAAAUUCUCUACCAAAUAAUCAUCGUCACAUCUUCUAGAUCAUCUCCUUUUGACCAUUUUCACGAAUCAUUUCAUAUAGCCACCGAUCGUCUCCUUUCUCACUCCAUUUCAUAAUCCAUAACUUCACAAUCCCCAUUGAAUCCCCUCAGAAUUUUCAAAAAUAUGCCCAUGGAUCGUUCCAGUUCAUGGGGGAGUCAAUCUCAAUCCGGAUCGGAAGACAGCAGCAGAGGACGAUCCAGCAACGCGGCGGUGUUAUCAAUCGAGUGUUUAAAAGGAACCUCCAGAGCCGAAGAAUGGACCGGCGAGAUGUUGGAGACCGGCGAUAUUGUGGAGGAGAUUAAGAUCGGAAACAUCAGCAUAACGGCGCCGUUUAAGAACGGGAAGAGCGGAGUACAGAAGAUCCUUCAUAACUCGUUUAAAUCGAAGGAGACUUCAAUCCGAGUUCGAAUCAGACGCGGAUCGGACGAGUUUGCUGAGUUGGUGGCGUGUAUUGUUCCGAACAACGGUUCCACCGGCGGGAAGAAACAGUACAUGUUGCGGUCGAUUGAUGAUCCAAAUUACACCGUCGGAUUUGUUGAUCGGACGGAAGCUGAAUGUUUAGCUUUGCAAGCUUCAAGAGGUUCAAGAAUGGAGAGUGCAUUAGCAGCAGCCCAACUCCACGAUGGAUACGUGGCAUACCCAUGGCAAAAACAAAUGCAAGAACUCCUCCCAAUUCCCAAUUCCAGCUGCUUCCUUUCCAUUCUAUUCCUCCCUAAAUCCUCCGAUUCCGUUUCCCAUCGUUACAACGACCUCGAAGACACACUUUCACGAGCAAACGCUUGGCACACCGCCUCUCAAGCUUCCGGUGUCCCAAUCGUCUUCAUGAACAUCCAAACAGAAUCCCUCCUCACCAAGAUUUCUGGAGAAACAGCUUCGUCUACUGUAAACACUGGAUCGUUGUCGGAUUUGGCAAAUCUCGCAAACGUGAGUUUAUACGGAUUUGAAGAUUAUCACGGGGUUGAUAUCGGAGUUGUGAGAGGUGUUCGUCUUUGGUUUGCGCCAAUUGGUGGAGAAGUUGCAGUCGAAAUUAAAAUCAAAGAUGGAGAUACAAAGCUCGGAUUCGCCAUAGGUCGAACACAAGAGGGAUUCAUUCAAGUUACGUCUGUUCUUGGAGUCGAAGAAGACUCGCCGGCGACUCGUUCAGGUUUGAGUAGUUUGUACGCAGAGGCUAAAAAGGCGAGAAAGCUUCUUGUGGUUUCGAGGAUAUCAAAUCAGAAAGUGCUUCCAUGGAUGGUUUCACCAGAAGGAGCGAUUAGAUGUUACGAUACUGUUUCGAUUAGCCAGAAGCUAUCGUUGCAUAGACACACGAAGGUGCCGAUUUCACUUCAUGUGUUUGCGUGGGAUCAAGAGGUGGCGAUGUUAGGAAACGCGAAUCUCAGAUCGCAAACUUAUGCUCCGGUGGUGUCGCAGCUGCCCAAAGAAACUCAGACUGCACAUUUAGCAACUGCAAAUGCAAAUCGAGGAAGAGAGAAUGAUGGAUCGAUGUUCGGAGUAGGUAGAGACACCGCCGGAGAAGAGUCGUUCCGAUUCCAUAAUUUUUCAGUGCCAAACAACUGGGUGUAAUAAUGUAACUUUGCGAAUUUACUGUAUUUAACCAUUGUAAAUACUAAAUACAAUAGCGUGAGUGAGUUCCAUUUGUGCAAAUUUACAAC